AUGACCGAAACAACGCUCGUCGAUUUCGUCGCGAUUUGUGGACACGAGUUCCCGUUGCAGGUCGAGUACGCGUACGAGGCGAGCUCUGACAGCGGUUCGUCUACCCCCGAGCGCUUGAAACCGCCACUGCAUAGAGGCUACACGGGCCGUGUUCUCGCUCACUAUCCCCAUAAACGAAGCGAUGCCACUUUCUCUGAGGAAAUCUUCGCACUCUGUAUGCCAAAGGGUGUACGUUUCUGUACAGAACGUGAGCUCCCUACCGCUCCAACCAUUCACACAUUUGUUAACGUGAGAGAAGAUGGGAGCAGAGUGUAUGGAACAGCGAUCACUUUCUUUGAGGAGGUCCGUGAUCCAAAUAUUUGCGAACAAAUGGUUCGUCUACAUAUGGAACACGUAAAAGAAUUGACGUCACAAAGGAGUGAAACCGGCAUUGGAGAAAGAAGUGCUAGAGAGAUCAAAGGCGAUCACAGACAUCACCAUGCACCUGGCAUAGUCUCCGGUGGCACUCAUACCCUUCCACGUAAAAAGCAAAUUGAUCGUUCAAAGCGUAUUUCCUACUACGAUGGUGGUGCCCAUAAACAGCUAUUCGUCAGCAAGACCCUGUGCUUAAUCACUCGACUGCCAAUGGUGUUCGUGACGGAGGCGAUCUUGCGAAGUCUUGUUGAUAUGUUAUCCCCAAAAACUGAGUCGUGCUCACUUCCGCUAGAAAGUUACCUCUAUUGGAUCCUUCAUGAAGUACCCCUGCCAUCACCUGGCACAACGUUGAAGGUGUCGAUGUCCCCCUCGUCCCCUCUCCUUCUUCAACGCCCAUCCCUGCUUGAACUUCCCUUCUUCGACUAUUCUCUCUCGAAUCUUUUUGAUGUGAUCUCUCCCGAGAAAUUCCUCCGUUUACUCACUUGUUUCUUCCUCGAGCACCAGAUUUUAGUUUGCUCUAAAGAUCUAUCUCGUUUGAUGUUAUUGUGCGAAUCGCUUUCCUCGUUCGCUUUCCCAUUUCGAUGGUCGCUCGCCUACGCGCCAAUCCUACCGUACUCGCAAAUGAAAUUCAUUGAGGCUCCAGUUCCUUAUGUGAUGGGUUUAUGCUAUGAGGAGGAGUUGCCAGAGAGUUUAUUUCAGUCAAACGUUUGCGUGUUCGAUGUGGACAGCGGGAGAGUGGAGUUCCCUGAGGAUGUGCCACCAUUCCCGCAACACAAAGAGAUCUGCGCUGAAAUGAGAGCCAUUUUGAAAAGAUUCACUGUUGACGAAACAGAGAACCGCGACGAUCCAAACACAACGAUCACAACAACAACGGGAAAUGAAGACGAAUACGCACCGAAGAUGAGAGCAAUCAGCACGAGGAGAAGAGGUGAAUGGACUUACAAACGAAUGUCUCGAUCGUUCGAUGCGGACACGCUCGAUGGAUGGAUAAAUCCAUCAACGGCACAACUACAAAAUGAUCCUCAACCGCCGCCAAUUCCUGCAAGGGGCAUACUAGGAGAACAGCCGAUGACAAGACCGAGAAAUCUGCCUCCAUUGCCGAUGUCGACCCUGUUGGCUGAGGAUAGUCCAUUGUCGAGAGUGAACGAGAUUGCGCGUCGUGCUGGUGUGGCUAUCGAUUUGGCCGCAGUAGAAAGCGAGCUAAGUGGGCAAGAGAUUCUCACAAACUCUCCACAAAAUGAGCACUAUUUUCGGGAGGUGAAACUCUCGAAUGCUCUUCGGGAGACGGUUCUUCAUCGAGUCGUCGGCAUGCUCUACUCUUAUGAGCAUUUUGUCGUCGGUGCAGUUGGAUGCAAAGAUUUAGAAAGCUGGGAGAUCUCUCGUGAUAGUGUUGUUUCUUUCGACAAAGCCUCUUUCCUAUCGGAUCAACCCGACAGUCAUCUCGCUUUUCUAGCGGCUUUCCUCGAGACACAGAUGUUCACCGAUUUCAUCGACGAGAAGAUCAAAGCUCAAUGGCAACAAUCGGAUGAGAAUUUGAAGUUAUUCGAUACAAGGAUCAAAGAACUCCAGCAUCGUUUGGGUCAAUCGAUGGUUCGGACACCGACCGCUGACACGACGAAACCUUUUGCUCAAUCCGAGGAGCUGAUCACAAAACGUGCAGAAACAGUGGACUACGUUGUGCCCGCUCCACAUCUUCUUUCCGGCGCACCUCCGAUGAGAUACGAGGGCUAUUGGCCGGACACAUUCAACGGUACGGUUUUAGAAGGACCACUUGGCGCAGCCGCUCCUUCACCUUGGAAACAACGUUAUAGAAAUCGACGUCCACUUGAGGGUUUAUCAAAUGGUUCAUCCUCUCAUCGUCCCACAUCAAUCUACGGAGCACAACUAGCAAACGAUACCCCAACACAUAAAGAACAACAGUUAAAAUUCGUUGAGCAAUUAUUGAAAGAAACAAAAGGAAAAACGAAGCGAAUGCUGGUGAACAAAAUGGGCAGAGAGGCGGUUCUUUUAGGGCAUGGAGCCGAAGCUGGAGUCGGUGGAGUCGAAGAAAACACACUAGUUGCCGCUUUUUGCGAUCUUUUGGAGCGAGUUUUCAGCCACGGGAUCAUCAAGAAACAGGGCAAAUCCGCUCUCUGGACCUAUGUGCUUCAGCAUCAGGAUAUGGAGAAAUCGCAAAAUGGGGACACUCAUCGAUCGAUGACGUCAUCAAUGCUCACUCCAGCCCUUGCGUGGCACGUCUUUCGAAAACGAUUCGAGCAGCCGUCAACGUCAUCGCUGGGUGUCACAACGCAUCGCCAAUCGCGACCCCCACGUGCACCGUCAAGACCGAGAGCCGUGCCCUACCCCGGCACGAGGAGUCGAGCCCCUUCCCAGGAUGCCCGGCCAGUGGAUCAAGAAAACAAUGCGCUAUCUGUGAGUCCUGGAGGGCACACAAGCAUCUCCAGUGAUCAGCGGCAAUCUCCCGGCACUUCUAGCACUGACCAAAAUGGGAACGAAGGAGUUGUUGGGUCAGCGAUUAGUGAUCUCGUUGAAUCGAUUCAAAAAGAGUUGGCAAUGAAAGACACAGAGGAUACACCGGCGUGGUCAAAGAAUUUCUUGAAAGCAGCGAACUUUUUAUGUGAUCGAAUACAAGAGGCGUCGAGACCGAAGAGAGAUCCGUCACCUCAACGCAAUUUGUUCAGUCAAGCACUCGCUAAACCUCAACGAGAGGUCGCCUUGCCCCCAAUCGGCCCCAGACGGCUGAAGAAGUGCUCGAGUGUUAGUGAUUUCUCUACGCCAGGCUUUGGUGGCUCGUCAUCGGGAAGAGAGGGAAAUUCAUCUGUUGAGGAAUCGCCGAGGAGAAGUCAGAGAACGCACAGGAGUCAAAGCAGACCCCGAAGUCCGGAUGGUCGUGUGGUUCUCCCCUCCCUGCCCACCCAUAUCGCCUAUGAUUUAAAAAACGUCGUCCGUAUGGCUGAAAUCAAAACGGAUAUCGGUUACGCGAGGGCAUUCGUGCGGCUGGCUUUAGAGCGAAAGCUGCUGCAUCGACACCUAGCCGCUCUCCUCUCCAAUACACAAUUGAUACGAGAGCUCUAUCGUGCCGACUCAUUUACUCGGUGUGAGGACGAGAAAGAGCAAUUCUUGUACCACGUUCUGUCACUGAAUGCAGCGAAUUACCGUUGCUACACAAAUACAUUCACAAAAACGAAGAUGGAUUAUCAAGUGGUUGUUGUAACGGGCACUUGGAGAGGUGCAUUGCCAGCUGUCUGGAUGUGCAUCGAGGGAUCACUAGCCACAACGCCGAUGAUCCGUUUACCGGAAGGGACACCGUUGUUCAAAUUUGAUCAUCGAAACCUCGGCAUUCUGUCAACACUUCGAAUUGGGCAUUUGGCUGAAGAUGAGCGACCGUCAAAAUGGUUUCUCGACUACAUUGUGGUCCGAAAUGAGAUCACUGGUCAAAUGUAUCGUUUCCCGUGUGGACGUUGGUUUGGAAAGGGAGUCGAUGAUGGCAGUCUUGAGAGACUCCUUGUCGCUGAACCGCUUCACGAUUUCAAUCCAGAAACAGCAGAACUUGGUAUUGGCCCAUUCUCGCCGGCUCGUGGUCGACGAAUGGAGAGAGAUUCAUCAGUGACAAGAGAAAGAAGUCCAUCGACAGGAAGAAGUGCUGAUGCUGGGACAAGAGACGCACAACCCAGGACGAAAAAGCAACGAAUGCUAGAGAUCGAGCAGCAACUCGGCGACUCAGUCAACAGCAUUGUCAAGCAUUUCUAUUCAGAAAAAGAAUCGAAGAGUGAAUUGGCGAGACUUUUAUGCGGUGAACGGGGUCUUGUGCCCACAUUGGAAGCUUUAUUCCAGUUCGGUCGUCAGGAUUCCAUUUGGACUUCGCGACUUUUUCGACAAAAUUACCCAUGGGAUUAUGUUGAGAAAAUCUCCAAUUGGUUUUUCGAGUUUUGUCGUCGCGGUGAGGCCGAGCGAUUGACGCGCGGGCAAAAAGAACUCGUCCACUACUACCUCAGAUUGGUGCAACGCAUUUCCGAGAAGAACGUGCUCGGGAAAGACGGGAAAUUUCACGUUUUCAUCUUGAUAACGAUUCGUGACCACGUGCUGGCUGGUCUCUUGCAGCUGAUGUCAUGGACUCCAGUAACCGCUCAACUCUACGAUGAGGGGUCUUUCCUUCGAUCGACCUCUCAAAUGGCGCAUACCUCGAAGCUCCUAGAGGCGCUGAAUGAAUUUCACUUUCACAUCGAGAAAUCGUUAACUUACGGAAUUGUG